UUUUUGUUUAACUCAUGUUUUGGGAAAAUAGAGGCCCAGCGCAAACAAGGUUCAACAUCUCCCGCCCACCAUCACAACACAACUGGGAAAAACGCAAAACCCAGGGAUUAUAAGUGAAGGCAAGUCCAAUUCCAGGAAGAACAUGGAGAGCUCCAGUGCCACUCAACGCCUGCCACUCUCCGAGGUUGUCUCCGAUUGCGUCAAGCGUUGGUUCAAAGACACUCUCAAGGAAGCCAAAGCUGGGGAUGUCAACAUGCAGGUUCUGACUGCUCAAAUGUAUUAUAGCGGUUAUGGGGUUCCCCGAGAUGCGCAAAAGGGAAGAAUUUGGAUGACAAGGGCAUCGAGGAUGAGGUCUUCGGUCUGGAAAGUCAGCGAUAAGCAUCCAGGUUAUAAUGCAAGUGAUUCAGAUUCAGAUGAAAUGAAGGGUGAUUCUUGAGAUAGCACACUUGGUCUCUGCAUUUCCAACAUUAGAACUGGUCUACAUGGUUCUCACGACCAUUUUGACUCAUUGAAUGUGCCUGUAACGAUCUGUUUUGUAUUUGCAUUUUUCAUAGCUAAGUUUUUUUUUUUAAUUCUUUUUUCUUUUCCUUUCACCAGAUACAUAUGGUAUCGGUUUAUUAUCAUGUGAUAAUUUGUUAAGGUUGUCUUUACUAUGGUUUGAGUUUUCAUGAAAUGAUUAAUUUUGGCAAAAUGAUCCUUUCUUGCCAUAUGAUUAAUUCUUAUCUUGUCAUGAAGAUUUAAUUGUUCAAUCAACAAAUAUAAUCAAGUAUUGUCAUGCAAACAAAGUAGCCCUUAAACUAUAAUUAGUUGUAUGCUAUCAUUUUAAAAUCGUGACUUUUGUUUUCAUAGACAUUGCAAAUUGCUUGGCAUUUCAUUAACAUUCGUACCUUGGAUUAUACAUUUACCUUAAUGGCCACAAUUCUAUUAAAGAUACUCGUAAGUUAAGAAUAAAAAUUAAUACAUGAGGAGGUGAUUUUGUGCAUGUUUAACUGGCAAGAAUCCAACCAUAUUAGGUUGCCCAACUCCCAUUCAUGUUAGGUUGAUCUCGCUUUAGUAGGUGUUUUCUUUUUGUCUAAAACGUUGAGCAUUGCGAGGCAGCGAAAGAAGUGGGUUAUCUGCCUAUGCCUCUCCUCAUCUGAUCAAUACAUUAUACAUGGCACAUGCUGCAAGGAA